AUGACUCGUGUCUAUGUUGGUCGAUUGAGUUAUCGUGCUCGUGAACGCGAUGUUGAGCAUUUCUUUCGAGGAUUUGGUAAAAUACGCGAAGUAACAUUGAAAAAUGGUUUCGGUUUCGUCGAAUUUGAUGAUCCUCGCGAUGCUGAAGAUGCUAUUUAUGAACUCAAUAAUCGUGAUCUAAUGGGUGAAAGAGUUAUCGUGGAAUUUGCUAAAGGAACUCGAUAUGAUGACCGCCGAGGAGCAUAUCCUUUGAUAACACCUUCUUAUUUGCUCUUUAGACCUCGUUUUGGCCGUCCUCGUAAUACUGAAUGGCGUUUAGUCAUCAACAAUUUAUCAAGCCGAGCUACCUGGCGCGAUAUUAAAGAUUACAUGCGUCAAGCUGGCGACGUAACUUUUGCUGAUGCUCACAAACAAUUAGGUGAAGGACGAGGAGUAGUCGAUUUCGCAACGUAUGACGACAUGAAAGAUGCCUUAAAACGCCUGGAUGGUACCGAAUUAUGCGGCAGAAAAGUUCGAUUGACAGAGGAUCGUCGACGAUCACGCUCACGCUCGCGCUCGCGCUCACCACGAAGAAGAUCAGCGUCUCCUCGUCACCGAUCACGCUCCCGUCAGCGUUAUAGCAAUUCUCGCUCACGCAGUCCACGCAGACACUCUCGUUCUCGUAGCCCACGAAGAUCUUAUUCUCCCAGGCGUUCUCCCAGUCCAAGAAAGGGAGGAUCACGUUAUAGUCCACGCAGAUCGGCAUCUCGAUCUCCGAUACAGUCUGCAUCAAGAUCGCGCUCUUUAUCUCCUGACAAUUGA